AUGAUCAUGGCUGCUCCAGUGGAAAGAAAGUUUGACGUCGUUAUUUUCGGGGCAAGUGGCUUUACAGGUCAGUUUGUAGUUGAAGAGUUAGCCAGAGUUGCUGAUGAAGAACGAGACAUAAAGUGGGCUAUUGCUGGACGCAGUAAAGGGAAACUGAAUGAUGUUUUAAAGCAGGCAGAAUCGGUAACAGGUUAUUCACUGUCUAAUAUUGACGUGAUUAUAGCUGAUGUAGCUGAUGAAGAAUCCUUGGAAUCUAUGUGUAAGCAAACCAAACUGGUAUUAAACUGUGUUGGUCCUUAUCGUUUCUGGGGGGAGCAAGUUGUGAAGUCGUGUGUUGAGAAUGGAUGCCAUCAUAUUGAUAUCAGUGGUGAACCACAGUUUUUAGAGACAAUGCAGCUGAAAUAUGACAGCAAAGCCAGAGAGAACAGCGUCUUUGUGAUUGGAACAUGUGGUUUUGACAGUGUACCAGCUGAUAUUGGGACUAAUUUCAUACAACAGCAAUUCCCAGGUGAAUUAAAUUCUGUAGAAAGUUACGUGACAUUCAACAAUGGACCAAAGGGAGGCGGUUUGCACUAUGGGACCUGGCUAUCGGCAAUCCAUGGCUUAGGGGACCAGCAGAACUUAAGAAAAAUUCGUAAACAGAUAAACCCAGAACCAAUGCCAAAAAUGAAACCAACUCUUCAAAGACGGGGUGCAGUAUUUCAUAGUUCUGAUAUGAAUAAAUGGUGCAUACCAUUUCUUGGAGCUGAUGCAGCCGUAGUUCGAAGAACCCAGCGAUAUCAACAUGAAAAAAGAAACAAACGCCCAAUUCAGUACGGUGCCUACUUAGCAUUACCUAAUAUCUUUGCUUUGAUUGGUUUGAUGUUGUUUGGACUGAUAUUUAUUAUUAUGACAAAGUUUCGUCUUGGCAUGUAUCUUCUUGCAAAGUAUCCAAGACUGUUUUCAGCUGGGAUGUGCAGUCAUGAGGGACCAAGCAGAGAACAAAUGAAAGGAUCUUCAUUUUCAAUGACCUUCUUUGGACAAGGAUUUAACAAAGACAGUUCAAAUAAAGAUCAAAAUGAUAUGAAAAUGGUUACCAAGGUUACUGGACCUGAACCUGGUUACAUUACAACACCAAUUGCCAUGGUACAGUGUGCGGUAACUGUCUUGAAAGAGCCUCAGUCUUUGCCACAGUGUGGCGGCGUGUUUACACCUGGAACGAUGUUCAUGGAUACUAAAAUAAUAGAGAGACUCAAUAAUCAUGGUAUUAAAUUCACGGUAGUAGGCGAUGCCAAGUAAAACUACAACUGAUAUGUAGCAUACAUAUUGGUAUUACCAACUGAAAUUCUUUGUGCUGCUAGCUUUCAAAUAUUUACAAUAAUUCAUGUACCAAGGUGCAAAUGUUCAAUAUUUUUGGAUACAUUUAUUAGUUAUAAUAAAGGUUUGCUUAUAUUGUCAUUGUUU